AUGUCUAACGUAGCCAUCGUGCUCGAUCCGAGCGCGCGCUUGCCGUUCUUCACGCCGCUGGUGCUCUCGAAUCUCGCGGUGGAGCAUGCUGCGGCGCCGGCUGAGGUGACUUUCGAGCCAGGCGCAGACACGUCGCUGACGCUCGACGGCCAAACGAUUCGCGGCCACCUCGCUGUGCUCCAGGCGUUGGCGAAGCACUAUGCUAGCACAGGCAUCACUGGGGCGGAGGUGGAGCCGUUCCUCGUCCAGGCCGAUGCGCUGGCCUCCGCAGCGUUCCCCGUGGCGAUGCAGAACGCCGACGACUUGGACCAGCAUCUCGCGCUGCGCACGUACCUUGUCGGCCACAGCGUCACUGCCGCGGACGCAGCCAUCUGGGGCGCGAUUCGCUCGUCGUCGCCGCUGCUGGGUAUCAUCAAGAAGCAGGCACACACACACCUCGCGCGCUGGUACGCUCACGUCGAUGCCCUUCCGGCGUUCUCGUCGGCCGUCGCGACAUUGACCGAGGCCAAGAGCCAGAUGUUCAAGCAGAAGAAAACCGCCGCAGGCUUUGACCUCUUCCUGAAGGGCGCCAAGGAGGGCCAAGUCGUCACGCGUUUCCCGCCGGAGGCUAGUGGCUACCUACACGUGGGCCACGCCAAGGCCGCGAUCUUGAACCAGUACUUUGCCAAGAUGUACAAGGGCCGUCUGCUGAUCCGUUUCGACGAUACCAACCCAAGCAAGGAGAAGCAGGAGUACGAGGACGCGAUUAUCGAGGACCUGGCCCUCCUUGGCAUUCAGGGCGAUCAGCUUACGCACACUUCCGACUACUUUGAGCAGCUGCGCGACCUGGCCAAGAAGAUGAUCCAGGAAGGCAAGGCCUACGCGGAUGACACGCCGCAGGAGCAGAUGCGGGCCGAGCGUAUGGACGGUAUCGCGAGCCAGCGUCGUGAUGCGUCGCCAGAGGAGAACAUGAAGCGCUUCGAAGAGAUGCUGGCUGGCACCAAGGAAAGAUGCAAGUGGUGUCUGCGUGCCAAGAUGAGCGUCGAUAACCCGAACAAGGCGAUGCGCGACCCGGUAAUUUACCGCUGCAACGUCGACAUGCCGCACCAGCGCACAGGCACGCAGUGGAAGGCGUACCCAACGUACGACUUUGCGUGCCCUGUCGUCGACAGCCUCGAAGGCGUCACGCAUGCGCUGCGUACGAACGAGUACCAUGACCGCAACACGCAAUAUGCGUGGAUUCUCAAUGCGCUGGGGAUGCGCCAGGUCGAGAUCUGGGACUAUGGUCGCUUGAACUUUGUAUACACGCUGCUGAGCAAGCGUAAGCUGCAGUGGUUCGUCGACCAUGGCGCAGUGACGGGCUGGGACGACCCACGUUUCCCGACGGUGCGUGGUAUCCGCCGCCGCGGUAUGACGAUCGAGUGCAUUCAGCAGUUUAUCUUGUCGCAGGGCCCGAGUCAGCAGAUUACCAACAUGGAGUGGGACAACAUCUGGGCGCUCAACAAGCGUAUUCUGGACCCGAUCGUCCCGCGCUUUGUAGCGCUGGAUGAAGCGAAGAUCGUCAAGGCGACGAUUCGUCCUGCGCCGCCAGCGGAGGAGAAGCAGGUACCGAGGCACAAGAAGAACGCCGACUUGGGCAUGAAGACCACGGUGUACGACAGUGUGAUCCUGCUCGAGCAGGCUGACGCUGCCAGCUUCGAGGACAACGAAGAGAUCACCCUCAUGGAUUGGGGCAAUGUGAUUGUGCGUGGCAAGACGGUGGAGAACGGCGUAGUGACUGCGCUGGAUCUCGAAGCGCACUUUGACGGCGAUUUCAAGACGACGAAGAAGAAGGUGACAUGGCUCGCGCAGCCCAACGAGAAGCGCCACUUGACCGAAGUGCGUUUGCUGGACUUUGACUACCUCAUUACGAAGAAGAAGCUGGAGGAAGAUGACAAGUUCCAGGACUUUUUGACGCCACAGACGCGCUUCGAGACGCUAGCCGUGGCGGAUGCGAACGUCGCGACGCUGCGUAAGGGUGAUCAGAUCCAGUUCGAACGCAAGGGCUACUACAUUCUCGACAAUGAACAGGGCGCCGAUGGCCGUCGUGAGUUUAUCAAGAUUCCCGAUGGUCGCGCGGCUACGAGCGCAAGCAAGGCUGCGCCGGACGAGAACCCCGAGCAGAAGAAGGCGGCCGCGGCCGCGGCGCGUGCGCAAAAAGCCGCGGAAAAGGCGCAAAAGAAGGCGCAGAAGGGGGGCGGCGCGGCGCCGCCUGUGCCGCCCAAGGACGGUGUCUCGUCGCUCGUGGCGGAGGGUACGCAGAAGAUCAACAUGUACCAGGCUCCGAUCAUCAACAAACCUACAGAUACGCCUGUGAACACGAGUAUGUACAAGAUCCGCCCGUUGUAG